AUGAGUUCCUCGCGAGAUCCAGCGCGAGAACCUCUUCUCCCGCUGCACGGCCCCUCGCGAGCUGCCUACGAUAACGGUUCAACAUCCGCAUCAGCUUCACGACCUCCUGUUGCUCCUUCAUCUUCAAUACCUCCGCCCGAAACCCCCGUUUCAAUCACAAUAAGAUUCGCCUCAUCCUCACUACCCGACCUCUCCCUUACAAUUCAAGCACCAUAUUCCACAAAUAUAUCCACCCUCAAACGGUUGAUACGAACUUCAUUACCUGUCGAAACCGGCCGUCGUAGACUACGGUUGAUCCACGGUGGGAAAGUUCUAGGCGACAAAGCCAACAUCGGGCAGGCGCUAGGAGUAUCAAGAUUAUCAUCGACGAGUACCAACAGCUUUCCAAAGAAGGAGAAAAAACAACCUCCGCCACCUCCGAAACGUACAUCUAGAAAAGGGAAGGAAGUAAUCCGACCAGAUCCCGAAGAUGACGACUAUCCGGAUAAGAAAGAUGCCAAGACAUCUACACCUACUACUUCUACUGCAACAACAACAAUAACAACAGGAGUAUAUGUCCACUGCAGCAUUGGGGAUGAACUCACAGACGAGGAUUUAGCAGAAGAAGCAGAAACUGAAUCGCAGGCGAUUCAUCAUCCUUCUACCCUUCCUGCACCGCAGGGAUUCGACAGACUCCUCAACGCAGGGUUUACGGAGUCCGAUAUUGCAGCGUUAAGAAGCCAGUUUCAUGGUACUCUACUUAAUAAUAAUAAUAAUGCCACAUCCAUAGACGGGACUUCAGAUCCAAACGCUAGUAGUGGUCUCGGAUUUUCUCUUCUUGAUGAGGAAUCGCGACGGCAUGCUCUAGCGCUGGAAGAAAGGUGGAUUGAUGAAUCUGCAACGAAUGAAGCGGAGACGGGGGAUGCAACGGUAAAUACUGAGAGUGGGGGGUUGGAAGAUACGCUUAUUGGGGUUAUGUGGGGGUUUUUCUGGCCGCUUUGUAUUGUGUGGAUGCUAAGGGAGGAAGGGACUUUGGGGAAUUCGAAAAGGCAGUUGGCGGUUAUUGCGGGACUGUUGAUGAAUUGUGUGUUUGGACUACUGAAGCUGGGCAGUGCGGGCUGA